UCUCAAAAUGCGCUGCAGAGUUUUAGUUUUGUGUGCAUUAAUUUGCCUUUUUGUCAUUUUGACAGAGGCUAGACAAAGGAGAGAUAAAAACGUCAGAUCAAGAUCCUUGGCAGCUAGACACAACCAAAGGAAUCUUCGUAGUAAUGCCCGCCAAGGAAACAGACUGGCUGCCAGAUCAAAGAAUAUCAAGAAACGAGGACUAAAUGCUGCCAAGAAAAACAGAAGGAGAAGACGUAACCUGGCCAAGAAGACUGGUCGUAAGAAUAAGACCAACGCUAAGACCAAAGCCAAGUCAAACGCAAGCAGUGGUUCUAGUUAUGCCUAUCUACCACUGGACUUCCAACAGAAUUUCGUUAGAACAACCGACAAUAUACGAACUGAGAAGUCCUUCUUGGCCACUCGGUAUGGUUUCAGUUUUGCCAAGACCACUGGAUCUGAGAAACUUACAAAUACGGCCAAUAUGGAAUACACGUGUAAAAUGAAAAUUGGCGGCCAGAAGUUUACCGUACUGCCAGAUACUGGCAGUUCAAAUAUCUGGGUGCCAGGACCACACUGCAAGAGCAAGGCCUGCAAGAACCAUAAUCGCUAUCAUCCGGCAAAGUCUAGUACAUAUGUGAAAAAUGGAAAGGCCUUUGCCAUUACCUAUGGAUCGGGUAGUGUGGCAGGAGUUCUGGCCAAGGAUACAGUGAAAAUAGCUGGUCUAACUGUUACCAAUCAGACUUUUGCGAUGACCACCAAGGAACCGGGAAAAACUUUUGUACAAGCUAACUUUGAUGGUAUUCUGGGUCUGGGCUAUAGAUCCAUAUCCGUGGAUAAUGUCAAGACCUUGGUGCAGAAUAUGUGCUCCGAGAAGGUGAUCACCAGUUGUCAGUUCGCCAUUUGCAUGAAGGGCGGUGGCAGUUCCACGCGUGGUGGUGCCAUCUUUUUCGGUAGCUCUAAUACCAGUGCUUACAGUGGAUCGAAUAGCUAUACCUACACUCCGGUGACCAAAAAAGGUUACUGGCAGUUUACUCUACAGGGUUUGUAUGUGGGUAGUACUAAAGUAAGCGGUUCAGUGCAAGCUAUUGUGGAUUCUGGAACCUCCCUGAUCACAGCUCCAGCAAGAAUCUACAAUAGUGUAACCAAGCUCAUCGGUUGCACUAAAACCUCUAGCGGAGAGUGCUGGAUGAAGUGUUCUAAGAAAAUAUCCGACGUCACCUACGUCAUCGGGGGCACGAAGAUCGUUCUCAAGGGAAACAAGAUGAAGUUGAAGGUGAAGACCAAUAAGGGCAAGACAGUCUGCAUAUUGGCGAUGGUGGAAGUGCGAGAUGAACCAAUGAUCUUGGGUGAUGCCUUCAUAAGACAUUCUUGCGUUGACUUCGACAUGGCCAAAAAUCGGAUCGGUUUCGCUGCCACGACAUAUGCCACUUAGGUUUAUAUCUACUACUUUAAAAUGUGUAUUUAACAAAGUUGAUCUUAGAUAAAGAAUCAUUAAAUUUAACUUAAUAUU